AUGGAAGCUGCUCAACCAGCUCAGGGGUCAUCCCUUUUGAACAAACUUGGCGAACUCGAGGCUAAAUAUUUGCCUCGUCCCCCGCAUUACAAAGGACCUCAUUCAUUUAACUUGCGCCCUGCCCAAGAAGUGGCAGAUUUCCAAAAUAAUAAUGCGCUCUGUUCGGAGCUCCCAGAAAGUGAAAAGGCUAUCUGGUACAUUGAUGAGAAGGCCAUAGGCGCUUCAAGCGAAAACGACUCAAACUUUUAUGAUUUGUAUCCUGGCCAAGCAGUUGCAGAACGCAAGGACAAAAAUCCAGCGCGCAGGGAGGCUUCGAUCGUUGAAAUGGCCAAUUUAUACGAGACCCCGGGUUCGUCGAGCACAAGCGACCCGCAACUGUAUGACUUGCGUCUUAAACGAGAAGCAACCAAGUCCAAGAAUGAAAGUUCGGACUUUCGGGGGCUCUCGCAGGUUGAAAUAGCCUGCAGUCUGCCCAGGCAUGAGAGACGCCCGGGCUCUUCAUCACGAUGA